AUGUCGCUCGAUACUCUACGAGGAGAAUUCGAGAAAGAAAUCGCCGCCUUUAAACAAUUGGAGAAAGAUCGUGAAAAGUACGUGGCCAACCGACAAACGCUAGAAAGUCAGCUUACCGAGAAUCAAAUGGUCAAAGAAGAACUCGAUCUUUUGGGUGAUGAAUCGAAGGUUUUCAAGCUGAUUGGUGCCGUUUUAGUGAAGGUUGAACUUGCCGAAGCUAGGAGUCAAGUAGAGAAACGACUGGAAUAUAUUCAAGGAGAGACAAAACGAGUUGAAGAUCAAUUGACCGAUUCGACGGUGAAGACAAAGAAUAAACAGAAGAAACUCUCCGAGAUGCAAGAACAAAUUCAAAAAGCUUUUGCUACCGCCGGAAAAAAG